UUCACGGCAAACGUGUUUCAAGAAAGGUUUAUUGGCAUAUAGUUUUAUACUCACAUAUUUUAGAAUACAACAAUAAUUUAAAAGGGGAAAAAGUAAGAGUAAAUUAAAUAUACAUUCUUCCCGAGUUAAAAAAGAAUUAAAAAGUAUUGGUACAAGAAUAUUGAAAACUUGAUAUGCGAGUGGAAUAGUAGAAACGACCUUUAUUCGUCAACCUCUUCUGGAAGACCAUUCAUUUCUUCCACUCCUCGUCUUUCAACAUGAUCAACUCAAUUCAUACUUCCAUUUUAAGCACCGCUCAUUACUUCAACAACCGUUUUGCAAAGCUAAAUUUGUACAGCAGCUGAAGAAUUGUAGCUACCAUUAUGGAGAGGAGAUUAUCUGAAGCAGCUUUUCGAGGAGAUCUGAUCGACCUACACAAGAUCGUGGAAGAGGAUCCCUUGAUUCUGGACAGGAUCACAGCUUCCUGCGUCGACGAAACGCCGCUCCACGCAGCCGCCGUGCUCGGCCACCUCAGCUUUGUCAAGGAGCUGCUGAAUCGGAAACCGGAGCUCGCGGCCGAGUCGGACUCGCGCGGAUGCUCGCCGCUGCACCUGGCUGCGGCGAAGGGACACGCGGACGUCGUGAAGGAGCUGCUUCUCGUGAACAGUGACGUGGCAUCGCUGCGGAAUUUGGAUGGGAGGACGGCGCUGCACGUGGCGGCGGUGAAGGGACGGGAGGGCGUGUUGACCGAGUUACUCGGACUCGCUCCGGGUCUGACUCGGGUGCUGACCGAUCGAAGCGAGACCGCUUUGCACCUCUGUGUGAAGUGGAAUCGGUAUGAGGCGGUGAAAUUGUUGAGUGAGGAGAUGAGGAAAGGUAGUGAUGAAUCUGAUGCUGAUGAUAGCUCACUGAAUUGGAAGGAUUGUAUUGGAAAUACUGCUUUGCAUAUUGCAGUUGCCGAGAAGCAUUUUGAGAUCAUCAAAUUUUUACUUGAACAAAAGGAAGUAGAAGUGAAUGCGUUGAACAAGAAUAGGCUGACUGCAUUGGAUCUACUGAGACAAAGCCCUCGAGACAAAAGAGAUAUGGAAAUCGAGGAGGCGCUUCUAAGCUCGGGUGCUUCGUCUGCUAAGGAUCUGCAUUUGAUCACCGAUGAACAGGUUGAAGGAAAGGCUCAAGGGAGGCUCUCCUCUCAGCAGAGCCGCGCAGCCGUGGAGCGCAAGCCCACGGACUGGCUGGGAAGGAGGCGGAGUGCAUUGAUGGUGGUGGCGUCACUGAUCGCAACGGUAGCCUUCCAGGCGGGGCUGACCCCGCCUGGAGGCGUGUGGGAAGACGACUACUUUGUGGACGAGAACGGGCAGAAUGUGAGCGAUCCUCACUCUGCGGGCCACUCUGUGAUGGCGUACCAAGAGCCUCGAGUGUACGGCGCAUUCAUGAUCUUCAACACCAUUGCUUUCCUUGCAUCGUUGAGCAUAAUUCUUCUGCUGGUGAGUGGGCUGCCUCUCAACCAGAGGAAGUGGAUGUGGCUGCAGAUGGUCAUUAUGUGGGUCGCCAUCAGCGCUCAGGUCGCCACCUACUUUGUCACGCUCAGGCACAUGUCGCCUGGUGACAUGGCUGGGACGCUGCGCGAAGUCACUGAGAUAUCGGUGCUGACGUGGCUCACGCUCAUCGCCGUUGUGUUCAUCGGGAAUGUGGUCCGUUUGAAUUUGUGGGUUCUGAGAAAGUAUGGACUUAUCAAAGGGGAAGAGAGGAGGGGGGAUUCACAAGAUAUUCAGGAAGAUGUAUUUGAAUAGACUUGCCAUAUUCUGUAACCAAAUUUUUUUUUCCUCGAUUUUACUAACCAAAUAUACAAGUUACAAACAAGGAAACUACAGAAAUCCAUAAAUUAGUGCCCUUUCUCAUUCA